GCCGUGUCAUCCGGCCAACUCUGACGCCUCAGAAGGUCAGCAACGGACGACGAGAGGAAGUUUCAUAUUCUUAACGAGAACUAAGGAGCUGCGUGAGAACUCAUAUAACUGUAUUACGCAGAUUUUACACCUUCAGCGCUAAAUUAACCCUUAAAGAGUUUCGGUGAAAUCUCCCAACGCCCUGAGUGCUUUGGAGCUCGAGCACUCCCCGGAAGUUAUAACAUAAUGCAGAUUUAAUGUGUACUCUAGAAGAUCCAAGCUUGUAUUUAAAAAGGGUUCUUUCAGGGUGUGUCGGAUCAUUAAAGGUUCUACUUUCUGAUAUGGAAACCUGUACAUAAUAUUUAGAGAUGGCACAGAUCCAAAACAGUAUCAGUAUCGGGUCGAUACCAGAACAAAACAGUGGCCUGGACAUUGGAUCCAGGAACAAAUGGCAAAGAUUGAACUCAAAUUCGGAAAAUUUUAUUUUAUUAUAUUUGUGCUUUAUACUUUACUAUACUGUAUUAUCAGAUAUUUAUGCAAUGUUUACAAUAUCAGAAUGGUACUGUGGUAUCAGAAAACAAAAGGCGAAAAAGAAUAAGUGGGGAUUUUUUUCCUUUUUGAUACUGAUCCUGAAACUUUAGCAUUAGCUGUUACAGAUAUCCAUCUAAUAUUGUUUUCUUUAGAUGUUACUAAGCUUCAUAAUGUAUUUUUUUAAACUAAAACACUUGCAUCCAUCCGUCCAUUUUCUGUAGCGCGUAUCAUACACAGGGUCGCGAGGAGCCUGAAGUGUCUACCAGGGAGUACACCCUGGACAGGGUGCCAAGCCAUCGCAGGGCACAAUCUCACACACAAUUUUUUAAAAUGCCGAUCGGCCUGCAGCAUGUCUCUGGACUGGGGGAGGAAACCGGUGUACCCUGAGGAAACCCCAAAGCACGAGGAGAACACGCAAGCUCUGCACAAACAGGACAGAGGUGAGAUUCCACCCCUAACCCCGGAGGGGCGAGGCAAAUGUGCCAACCACUUACACAGUAAAUAUAAUCAAAUCAAUCCAAACAAAAUGAUAGAAAUAAAAAAAAAAACAGUCAAGUCUCUUUAUAUGUAAAUGUUUCAAAUGAUAAAAAUGCAUUUCUUUUCCAAAUCCCAUUUCAGUCUUCACCAUUUGUUACAGGAUCUGAUAUCUGAGACGUUUUCUCCGAUAUCCAAUACAACUUUUUUAUAUAUAUAUUUGCUGGAAGGCUCAUUGUGUCCUCUCGAGUUUAAACAGAAAUAAUGUCUGUCCUAAUUAAAGUUCUAGUUAUUGUACUAAAUCCACCUCAUUCGUUCUUCAAUUAUCCGCUUUCUCCUGGUCAACUUAUCCUGGGAAUACUGGCUGAACACACCCUGGAUGUCUCAGCACCUACAAUCCUUUAAACUUCUUUCUUUAAUUCCAAACUUUGUGGUUUUAUAAAUAUAUUUACUCUAGACUAGAAGCUGAACAUCCAUCCAUAAGUAGAAUAACUGGGUGUACUCUACACUGCGUCCCUGUACUGCUGGAUCACUUCGAGUCUGUCAGUUGUCACUUUUAAAUACACGACCCUGGCCAAAAGGUUUAAAUGAUUCACAACCUUUGGCUGCUUUAAUAUCUGCAGACUGGAGCUGUAAACAGGAAUUUAUGUCCUGUCAAUGUAGCAGGCAUCAAACAGGAGGAAUAAAUAGCAGCUUGGCAGUUCAUACACACACACACACACACACACACACACACACACCCCUCUGUGUUACUGCACAUGUGUGACUCAUUCACGUCACAACCUGCACAACAAUGUAGUUAAACUUUUUUGGUUUUAUUUUUUGGACUAACACUUUCUUGUACCUGUGUAUCAACAAAGAAAAAAAAAGUUAUUUCAAUAUUUUCCACACUAUGUAUGAAGUGUGUGUUUGCGACAGUGACAGCUGUGACAGUGGCAUGGGCCAGUUAAAGUGAGUUUAGAGUUUAUGUAAAGGAAUGAGUGUUGUUUGAGUGUGCCAAUAUUUUCUCCCUUGACACACUGUUUAACCCGCAAACUCCGACGCAGCUUGGUGUAAUUUCCCUAAUGACCAGCAGGUGGCGCGCAUGCGCAGAUUUUGUGUGUGUGCGCGCGCGCGUGUGUGUGUGUGUGUGUGUGUGUUAUUACACUCCUGUCCGUUGCAUUUGGUAACAAAAACGCAUAUGCUUCUGCCUCUCUGCUGCUGUAACGUUUUAUCCUCAGACUUUUUCAUCAGGACUGUAUGAAUAUCACCUGUUUAUCAGGUGUGUAGGAGAGUGUGUGGUGUGUACAGUAUUUCUGAGAGGAUUUGUGCACAGAGAUCAGAAAUCACGACUUUUAGAGGAGAAAGAAGAAAUAAAACGACAUCCUUGGAGCGACUGGAGAAGAUUUUGCAUGCUGUUUUCUUUAUGUGCUGCGCCAUGGAGGUGUGAGUGAUCACGAAUGCUGCCAUGACACAGAUUGGGAUUGACAAAUCUCACCUGCCGCACGUCUACGACCUGUGCCAGUGUUUCUCGGCGCUGGAAGACGGAGCUCUGGCUCACAGACUUCAGGAGCAGGAGAUCGAGCAGUUCUACAGCUCCAACAUGCAGAAGAACCAGGCGGUGCAGAAUGACGUGCGCUUGGCUCGAAGGCUGCAGGACGAGGAGGAGGAGAGAGACCGUCUCACACACCAGCUCCAUCAGCUGGAGGAGCAGGACUGCGAGUACGCGAGGGUGAUUCAGGAAGAACUGCGGCGAUGUGACGAAGAAGCUCAGAAGAGGGAGAAAGAGGAUGAGGAGAUGGCCAAGCGGCUGCAGGAGGAGGAAGAAUUGAAGAUUAGACAUGGGAGAGCCGAGGCUGGUUACCAUGAGGGCAGUGGAGACUCACCGCUCAGCCGGGGGUUAGGGCUGUGGGAGCAGAUGAUGCGGGAUGCUGAACUGGCUCGUAGACUGCAGGAGGAGGAAGACAAACAGCCUCACAAGAGGAGCACCGAAACUGAAGUGGACUUCCGUACGGUACAAGUGGCCCAAGAUGAGGAACUCGCUUGCUACAUGCAGCGACAAGAGAAGAAGAGCAACAGGAGGUCACGUGACCUGCUUGCUGUGGAGAGGUCACAUGAUCCAAGAUGCACAGGCAGAAAAGUGCCGAGAGAGAGACUGAACUCUGAGGGCCUGCACUCACCUGUGGAAGAGGAGCAAUCCCCGGAUCAGUGCCCACUAAUCCCCACAUGCACUACUCUACACACACACCCCUUCCACAACAUCGCAGAAGAACUGGACCCGACAUUCACCAGCAGGAAACGGGAAAGCCGGAUCUCGGCCAGCCCGCCGCCAGUGUCUGUUUCUGCAGGAAUCUGCCUGGCUCCUCGCACACCGCACAGCGUUUUCUACGACUACCUUCCAGAACCUUCCGUCAUCCCGCCGAGCAGACGCCACGCCGACAAAACAGGACGCCACAAACCCAAAGAGAAACGGGAAAGCUGUAAGCAGCAGUAAAGGGAUAGGUGUUUCUUUAAUUGUGCACUGUCUGAUUGAUAAAUAAGGAACAAAACACAACAGUGUGGUGCGGCGAUGAUGAUGAUGAUGAUGAUGAUGAAGCAUGGUUACUGUUACCAACCUAAAGUUGAUUAUUUUAAUAGAACAGCACACCCUGAAGUGUUUUAUUCCUCUUACACCACAGCAACUUGCCACCGAUUACAAGUUUUCAUUAAUUAAAUAAUGACAUUGUACAUUUUGUCAGUUUAUAGUUAUGUUUAAUGCCGUGGUGUUCGUUCCUGUCCUUGCUUAUGUUACAGCAGUUAUAAAGAGUCAUUCCCUCACCUGCCUCUCUUUAAUAAUAACUGCAAAGCUGUUUUUCCUAUGAUUUUGCUCUGACUGUUACGAAGCACAGACACUGGAGACUCCUUCCAUUUCUAGUCCAUUUAUGUUGAGCAUCCAUGCCUCUGAAUAUAGUCCCUGUAAAAGCUGCAGCUAUACAAUAUUAAUCCACUCUUCGCUGUGGUAUAAAACACUACAAUAGAGACCCAAUAGUAGACCUAUAGUACGUUAAUAAUAGACCUAUAGUACGUUAAGUAUCCAAAAAUCUGAGUCCACUGCCAAGAACUCUGCUGUUAUAGAGUAUACAGCCAAAAGUAUGUGGACACCUGAGUAUUGAAUCUCUCAUUCCAAAUCUGCAGGCAUUAAUAUAGAAUGGUUCUCCUCUUUGCUGUUAUAACGUUCUCCACAAUUUUGGGAAGGCUUUCCAUCUUUACUCAGUGAUAGGGCUGGGCGAUAGGACAAAAAUAUCAUAUCACUGUACAUGAUGCAUUUCAUGAAGUAUAAUUUAGUUAACAAACAGUUAACUAAAACAGUAGGAAAAUUAUACAUCAAAAAAUUUGAGGGGUUUAACUGGUGAUUAUUAUUACUUAAAUUAUAACAAAAACUAAGAAACAAGUAGCUUUUGGUAAUAUUACUGAUUUUAGUAAUAAGUCAAAAUGCGAUUGAUUUAAAAGUUCCAUCAGAAUCCAUAAUUAAUAGUUUGUCCAUGGAGCCAGACUUCCACAGUAUAACACACCCUUUUUCCAUUUAACUUCACUAUCAAUUACCAGGAAUUUCUAUUUAUUAUUUAUUUGUUUUGAAAGACGUAAUUCAUGCGUUAAAUGCAGCAGUUCUGGAUAAACAGGUUAGCAGUUAUCAGUGUUUCGGACACUGAUAUAAUCUGGUGUUGCAGAUAUGACCAGCCGUGUUUCAGUUUCACUGCUAUGAAAAUUGAUGAAUAAACAGAACUCACGUUAGUGCGUGCACAAAAUUUUUAAAUUGGUCCGACAAGCGUACCGACCCUUGCGGUACACCAGAGAGCAACUGUGGGGAAGGCAUUUCAACGGGGUAGCAGGUGAGAUGGAAAAUACCAAAAAAUAAAUAUUUAAAUUACCGUUUAUAAGUGUAAACUUUACAUAUUUUGCGUAGGAGCACUUGACACAUGAGAGCAUUCGGGACUUAAAUGUGUUGAUGUGAUACAGCGUUCUCAUUUUCUGUCAUGGCAAAUGGAGAUUUUUUUUUUGUUAAGUCAUGUGAAAUGAAGUCUAUCAGUGUGUAUCAGCCUUAACUAGCAUUAAAUAAUUAAUAUCACAUCAGUUAACGCUACUAAUUAUUACGGAUGUCACCGAAAUAUUUAUGGGAUGAUUGUGAGUAAGGUUUUGUAUUGUUUUUGAUAUUGGUUGAAAUAUCUUGGAAAUAUAUAUAUUUUUUCAAAUAAAACAGCAUAUUUGGACUUUGGCAUAUAGUACAUUUAUAUGAAAGACUAUUGAUGUAUUUGGGAUUUUUUUUUCCUUGUUAAGUUAUACAGCUACUUUCUUGGUGUAUUUUGUGCAACCCAUCCAAUUUUUAUUUUAUUUUUUAAUUCACUUGAUGAGCCUGUACUGUACACUUAGUACUUAGAGAUUAAACUUCACUUUUAGAUCAUGUAAUAGGUGUAACAAAGUGCUGAAUAAAUGGUAUUUUAAAGGACAAUAAUAACCUGUGACUGACGCAA